AUGCCUUCGCAACCUCCCUCUUCCCAGCCGAGCGGUGAUCCGUCCAGCCGGGCAACAGCAUCGUCAGCAAAACGAAGCGCCCCUUGCGAUGGCCAGCGCCCGUGGAAGAGACGCUCAUCCAAGGCCUGUCUAUCAUGCCGAAACCGUAAAGUUCGUUGCGACGUCACCGAUGGAGGUGUUCCCUGCACGAAUUGUCGACUUGACAGCAUCAAUUGCGUACUGAAAGAGUCAAAUCGGGGUCGGAGACCUACCGCCGCCUCUUGCCAGCGUCGCCGCAACUCGAACCCGCCCGCUGCUCGGGACCGCUCUUCUGGUUCGCCCCCACCGAUAUUUGUGACUUCACGUCUAGCUGCUGCAGUACCGGAGCCUCUUGAGCCAGAAGAGUUAUCUGAACCCGAUGAACCCGACGCUGAGGCAGAAAUUGAGCCAGAGGAUGAAGACCCCCGGUCUCGUUCUCAACCACUCAAUGCGACCGAAAUUUCUGUAUCCGACCAGCAACAGCAACCCGCUGACGGAGAGCCCAUGGAUGAAAUCCACGUUCAGGUCCAUGACGACCAGCCGUCAAACACAGAACCGCCUGCGCCCAUGCAAGGCGUGAACCUCGAUGCUCCAUUCGACUAUGUAGAAGAGAUAAGAACCUCCAGUGGACCUUUUGCACCAUCCCAGCCGGAAAGAAUCACAACAUCAUUACCAGCUUUCAUCCGACCCCCUCCUCAACACCUAGAUAAUAGAGAUAUGUACUAUUUAUCACAUAAACUGUGCUUGUCGAUUCCAGAUCCAGAGUUUAGAGAUGAACUGCUACGUGUUUACAUCACAGUGGUUCAUUCCUUCUUGCCAAUCCUCGAUAUCGAAGAAUAUGCUGGCGCUAUCCUUCACAACAACGGCCGUAACCCCAUCAGCCUUCUGCUAUUCCAAGCAGUCAAUUUUGUCAGCGUCACUUUUGUGGACUUCAAGACUCUGCAUUCAAGAGGUUAUGCUUCACGACUAGCGGCUAGAAAAGACUUUUACGACCGUGUCAGGAUUCUCUACAGUUUAAAUUAUGAGUCGGAUCGGAUGGCGUUGAUUCAGUCUCUUCUGCUGUUGAGUCACUGGUACGAUUGCCCAGACGAUGACAAGGAUACGUGGCAUUGGAUGGGUAUCGCCUUGACAAAUGCCCAAGUUGGGGGCUUGCAUCGAGAUCCCGAACACCUGAAAAUAUCGCAACAAGAGAAGAACCUCCGUCGAAGGUUAUGGUGGUGCUGUUUGAUGAGGGACCGUUUACUGGCCCUUGGAUUACGGAAUCCGCCGCGUCUAAGAGAGGAUGAGUACAACGUCAAGCCGCUCACCUUGGACGACUUUGACUUCAGCUCCCCAUCGACAAACCUGGAUAGAUUGUUCCGGGGCUUGAAGGUCACAUAUCCAAACUCAGAAAAGAGACAAAGUCUAGCUGUAAUGUGCAUUGAACUAAGUAGUCUAUGCGUCUACAUUGGACGUACUCUCAACACCUUGUACACGGUUAUGGGCAAUUACCUCGGAGGGGUUGAGUACAGUCAGCAAUCGACUGGGCGGCCCGAUAGAUCCCCAGAGCAAGCCAAAUCACUUUCUGAACGCAGUACCGAGCUCAAAGGUUGGCUUGAGAGUCAGAACAUUCACUCUCGUUACACUGCCAAGACCGGAUCACGGCCGCCUGUUACUAGUACGACCGACGACCUACAUGCUGAUGAGAUAUUGCGACUUCACCAGGCCCAGCUUCGAAUGGUCUACCUAACCGCACUGGGUGCUCUCCAUAGGCCGCAGGUCUUCUGCUUCGGCUCCAACAACGAUGGCGCGAGAAAUGAUGGCAGCACAGUAUCGAGGGGAAAUGUAACGGACACAGCAGUCGAGAUGACCAAAUUGGCCUUCAACCUACAGCGGGAUAACCAACUGCGUUUCCUACCGACCCUUGCCGUUCCAGCCUAUCUCGCUGUCACUCUUGUCCAUCUCUUCAACACAUGCUCAGACGACGAGGAAGCCCGGAGUCUCAGCCUCGGACGCCUCUACCAGUGCGUAAACGUCCUUCAGCAGCUACAAGAGAUGUAUACAUCUGCGGACUACGCCAUGCAAUUUCUCAACUCGAUACUAAAGAACACUGGUCUUCACGUUCCCUGGACUUUACCAACCGGGGGAAGCAAGUUUGGAGAACGCGAAAACGCGGGGUAUAAGCCUCGGCUAGAUAUGGGACCUAACACCGUUGCGGCAAGUUGCAUGUAUCCGAGCCCGAGUACCUCGGGCAACUGGAACCAAGACUCUGCGGCAGAAGAGCCGGGCUUAGGUCAAGACGAUAGCAGUCGGACAGUUACAGUGGCCCAACAGCCACGAGUACCGAUGGUAUUUCCAAAUAUGGUAAUGGAAAGCUGGACUACUACCGACAUGAGUGAUCUUUUGGCCGGGUCGCCAUUCCCAGGGUCUUGGUGCGAUGUUGAGACACUGUUGCCAACUCUUCUCAACACUGAAGGCGAUGCAGACAGUUUAAUGACUGUAAACUUAUCGAACUUUAUGUAA